ACCUAUCAGCUGGUGGUUGUGUGGUUAUUUCGACAAAAUUGCACCAAAAUAAGUUUACAACUGCAACAAAGUUAUACCAAAAUCUAAAGUAAAGACAGUUUUCAGUGUCGGUGAAAUACUAAUUACUGGUGACACUAAGGUGGUGUUUUAAUUAGUUCAACUCUAAACCUAAUAAAUCAAAAGUUUUGUUUGUAACUUCUCAUAUUAAUAUAAAUUUCCAGCUUGUUAAAACUUUACUUCGUUUUAAGUGUCGUCAUUAGAGAUCUAAUAAUGAAAACGUGAAAUUUUAUCCAGUUUGAAUUUAAAUUACAGUGUAAUUAAAGGAUUGAUUGAAAUAUGUCGUCCUUAUUGUCGGCCGAAUUGGCCGCAACGUGUAGCGCUCUCGGAUAUUAUGAUGCGAAAUCUAAUAAGUACUAUGCAGAUUCUAAUACCCUUGAGACAGUGAAAGAUUUAAUUCGGUACUUAAGGAGAGAUGAUGAGAGUCAUGAUAUACGAAGGCAGCUUGGGGAAAUGAAGGUCUUGUCGAACGAUUUGAUACCGUUAUUAAAAAGCUAUUGGGAAGAGACGGAUCUUUUCGACGUUUUGUUAAGAUUAUUAGUAAAUUUAACUACGCCGGCACUAAUGUUGUGGAAUGAAGAAGUUCCAGCAAAUAAAGUCACCAGAAACCAGUACUUACAAGUUGAAGAUCAUCUAAAAAGCUACAAAGAGACGUUUGCCGACGAAACCUUUUGGGCGGUACUUAGCACCAGGCUGAGCAAGAUUUUAGAAACUAAUUACGCCGAGCGUGGGGACGAGAAUAGCCUGAUAAUAGAGAGAAUUCUCAUUCUAAUUCGAAAUAUAUUGUACGUCCCGCCCGAUCCUAACACGGAAAAACGACCCGACAAUGACGCCAGUAUCCACGACCAGGUGCUGUGGGCGCUACAUCAAUCUGGGAUGUUGGAUAUAAUUUUGUAUAUAACAAGCUCCACGAACGAAAAAGCUUAUUACAUGCACACUUUAGAGAUAUUGUCAUUUAUGUUGAGAGAACAAAGAGCUUCCGAACUUGCCCGGGCCGCUCUGCAAAGGAGCGAGACCGAAAAAAUGAGAGAUGAAGCAGAACUACUAGCGAUAAGACACCGCGAAACUAACCAAAGGCAACAAAAAGUAAAAAUGUAUAACGGAGCGAGGCAUUCGAGAUUCGGAGGCACAUACGUCCUAAAAUCAAUGAAAUCAAUUAGUGAGAACGAACUUAUUUAUCAUAAACCUUUAAAUAAACUGGAAGCUUUAAACUUCGACGCCGACAAAAAGAAACCGAAAACACCUAAAAAUCGGAUGCCUGUGCAAAGUAGCACGUUCGAGCGACGUUCAGCUUUCAGCAUUAGAUUAUUUCUGAAAGAGUUUUGUGUUGAAUUUUUAAAUGGAGCUUACAACACGCUUAUGUAUCACGUUAAGGAUAAUUUAGUGCGGGCCAGGGCCCAGGCCCACGAUGAAUCCUAUUAUUUAUGGGCUCUUAGGUUUUUCAUGGAAUUUAAUAGAUGUUAUAAGUUUGAAGUUAAAUUAGUUAGCGAAACUAUGUCUGUGCAAACAUUCCGCUACGUGCAACAGCUGAUGGAAAAAUUCUUCGACAUGAUUCAGACCGACAAAAAGAACAUUAUUUUGUGGUCCCGGCGCCUCCACCUUGCUUUACUAGCGUACAAGGAGCUUCUGCUAACAAUUUGCGUCAUGGAUAAAUCACCAGAUGGAACCGUGCGAGACUCAUCUAAAGUGAUUAAGAGCAACAUAUUUUACAUAUUAGAAUAUCGCGAGCUCAUAAUUACUUUAUUAACUACGUACGAUGAAUUGAAAAUGUCUAAUGCGUAUUUGAAAGAUCUGAUGGAAACACAACAUGUUUUUAUCAAACUACUGGAGGGUUUUUGCUCCUCGAAUGGCUCAGUUGUCGUGCAGAAAAAGGGCAAGAAGAAAAGAAAAAAGAAAAAAGCGACCCAGGAUGCUGUCGUGGCACAACCAGAUGUAAAUUUAGACAGUCAGUGGGAUGGAGUCGCCCCACAGCUGUCCACCGUUCUCGAAGGAAACAUCGACUUUCCUACAGACGUCGUCCCAUUUGAUGCCGCUUCUGACGUUCCCAUAGACGAACAAAAGUCCGAAGCCAUGAAAAACGUCCAGAGGAAGUUGAGAAAUGGUGAAUUCGAGAAUGCAAUCAGUCUGUUGCGUGCUGCAAGGGAGGUUUGGCCCGAAAAUAAUUGCUUUGGGAGCAACAAUAUGGCACCGGAGGAAGAAUUCCUGGCGUUGCGCGACAUUUUCUUCGCAGAUUUAGGCGAAAAUGAUGUAUCACCGCCCGUCGAGGAACAACCGAUUUACGACGAAAACGAUGAGGAAGAAGACGAGGAAGAUAUAGAAGACCACUAUGGGGAAGUAGAUUUCAGAUUUCAAGAAUUUGCUGAUAGACUGACUCACCCCAAAAUCGUAAGAGCUUGUGGAUUAGCUUUACGAGACUUUCAAAGCAACUCUAUAAAUACAAACAAUUGUAUCAUUAAACUUCUGCAUCGAAUAGCAUUCGAUUGUAAGAUGUAUGUAAUGGUUUUCCAAGUAUCAAUUUUCAGAACAUUUCAGAAAAUUUAUGCCAACAAGGAUUUCCCCGAAUAUCGUGAACUCGUGAAAUUCGCGACUUACAUUAUUCGGCAAUUUAUAAAAGUUACAGAAGUUAAUAAGAAGGUGUAUAUGGAAAGUUUAUUCUUUAAGAAUCGUGGCGAAGCUUACGAAAUCGAAUAUGGAUAUGGAAGUAAUCACAAGUCGGUGUCUUCGCGAUCGUGGACCGAGGAGGAAGAGGACGAGCUGAGACGAUUAUUUAUGGAACAUCAACAGAAUCAAUUGGAAGAGGACAUCGUCGAUUGGAUCGUUAAUAAUCUCAUUGAUAACACGCGAACUCGACGUGGAGUGUUGAAAAAGCUCAAAGAAAUGUGUCUCCUCGUCAACUACAAAGGGCAGAAAUCGGGGGCCAGGCGCCCUCAGAAUUGGGGCUCGGAAGAAGAGACGCAAUUACGCGAAUUGUACCAGCAGUUCAGGGAUGCAGCGGACCCGCUGGGCUGCAUAAUGGCCAGAUUAAACGUUGAGCGGUCGAAACCCAAAAUCGUGCAGAAGCUGCUUGAACUAGGCUUGAUACAGGACAGGGCCGAGGUCCGAAAGAAGAGGACGAAAUCAACCAAGGCUGCGCGACGAACGCACGAUUCCGACAACGAAGCGGAAAGUAAUGGAUCAGAUGAUGAUGACGACGAUGUUAAUGAAGCUGAAAAUUCUUCGGUUCAGAAAACGCGCACGCAGCAGAGUCGGGUCCUUGCAAAGAAGAAGGCUUCACAGGUUAAGAAAAAGCAGGGGCCGGUUUCGGACACACGAAUCGCGAGAUUGCUUAUCAACCUUAUCGGAAAAGGACUCGAAGAGGCAGUCGAGUGGCUUAAGGAGAGUCUUGCUGAUGCUAUUGAAGAUUUUGAAGACGAUGAUAGUUGUGAAGGCAUUCCAUUAGUCCCUAUAAUGGAUUAUGCAGUCAACGCUAUGGAAAAUGCAGAUUUUCAAGAAACUUUGAAAGCCCUGGGAAUUGUGGAACCUUUUGACGAGCAGGAAACAUACUGGAGAAUCCCAGACAUACCAGUAGACACUAUCCAAAAAUAUAUUGAUUUGCUGCAACAAGCACUAGACAAAACGCUUACAGUUUCCCCUAGCGAAAAUUCAGAACCAGCAAUAAGGGAAACAGAUGAAAUAGAUAUUAUUCAUGAACACAGAAAUACAACUCCAAAAAAUAGUCGGUUAUUAAAUAUUAUAGAUAGCGAUGAUGAUACCGACAGUAUCGAAAUUUCUUCAUCGAACAGGGACAUAACUGCAGAACUGGAAAAUGAAAAUAUCCUUGCAACCACUUCGCAGAUUGUAAACAAAAGUGGCCUCAGAAAAAUUAUCGAUAGUGACGAUGAAGAAGAAAAUACUCCGACGGUACGUAGAGUGAGAAAUAUAGUAGACAGCGAUGAAGAAACCACAGACGCAAUUCUUCGCGUAAAUAAAUUGAAGACUCCGAGCAGAAGACUCAUUGAUGAUGCAAGUGAUGAUGAUAACGACGAAAAUCAAGAGAAGGAUAAACGUCAGGCUGAAUCACACUCUGAAGAACCGGCGCCAAAACGAAGUAGAGUAAUUUCAAGCGACGAAGAUUAGAUAAUACAAUGUUUGUCUUUUUUAUUGAUAAUAAAGUGAACUUAGCAUUGGCUUUUUGGGUGUCUAAUAUUUCAGUUAUCUUUACUUUGCUCUCCCAGAACUGAUUAAGAUGACCUAGUUGUUUCCCAGUUUUACUUUUCGCAGAUCAAAGCGUCUACAAUGAGACUAAAAAAGUUUAUAUAG